AUGGCAAGAUUAGUUCAUAACGUACAGAAAAAGCAACAUAGAGAGAGGGGGCAGAAGGAUAGUAGAGCCAGGUAUGGUUUGCUUGAGAAGAAGAAAGAUUACAGACUAAGAGCUGCGGAUUACCACAAGAAGCAAGCUGCUCUUAAGGCUUUAAAGGAGAGGGCUAAACAACAUAAUCCAGAUGAAUACUACCAUGCCAUGACAAGGCGGCGUACCGAUGAUAAGGGGAUUUUGAUAGCCGAUAGAGGUAAUGAAGUUUUGAGUGUGGACCAAGUCAAGUUGUUAAAGACUCAAGAUGUCAACUAUGUGCGAACCAUGCGUUUAAACGAAUUGAACAAAAUUCAGAGGCAGCAAGAUGGAAAACUUUUCCAAGGAUCUGGGAAGCAUACUGUUUUUGUUGACUCUGAAAAAGAACGUCAACUGUUUACCCCAGAAGCGUAUUUCGGCACUGAUAGCUCUUUAGUUGACAAUAGGGAAAACCGUCUUCGAAAUGAACAGCUUUACUCAAAUACAACUUUGGUCGACUCACUGCUGCUCACCCCCAAGGCCAAGGAUAAAGCCGAUGAGAAGAAACUCAAACAAUACAAGUCGUUACAGAGAAGUAUAGCAAAAGAAAAACAACUACGUGAAGUUGAAACUAUUAUGAACCAAAAUUUGGAAAAGAUGAAGAAUGGAAAUAAAAAGAAAAUUGUUGACAAUAAUGGCAAAGUGCAUUUCAAAUGGAAGAAUCAACGGAAAAGGUGA